GAGCCGAGCUGAGCCCGACUGCUGGGAAAUCACAUGGGUCGUGGCUGGUGUUGCGAAAUGUAGCAACUCCGCCUGGCGCGUGUGUGUGUUAGUGUGAGAGAGAGAGUGAGAGUUGGUUAGUGUGUGUGUGAGGCUCCUUCAAGCGCAGGUAUUCCCCGCAGCCCUAUGCAGUGCCCAGUCUUGUGCGGACUGCCCCUGAUAAGGCACGGAACCCGGACACACGAAUUACCCCCUACAUCUGCUCCUUAUGAAGAAACAGGCGGCACGCUGCAAACGCAAGGCACUCUGCAUCUUGUGUCUUGUGUUGCUGCUGCCUCUGGCCACGCCUCAGACGACGACAACGCCAUUGUGUGACUACGCGAAGACCCUCAAAAUGUUAACUGCCAAGCUCCACAGUUGGAUCAAGGACCUGAACGAUAAUCUUCUCCCAAGUAUUGUACAAUAUGAAGUUUUAAUCGAUGCAGAUGCUGAAAAACUGCAGGGUGAAUGCUGUUUCAUUAACAUCACUGCUCAACAGCUGAUUAACGCCUUCAACAGCCUUUUGAAACACUUUGGAAAAAACGCAACUAAUUAUCAUGCUGUCAAUAAUAUAUCGACUUGGCUAACAAAACUUCGGAAUGAUUUUGAGUGCACUAAACCGUGCAUGAAGCAAAAACCAAGGAUAGUUACUGGAUGUACAAGUGGCCUGUUUGCACACAGUGAAGCAUGUGUUUCCCAUUAUGACUCUAUAAUUGAUCGCUGCGGAAACCAGCACACCAACGAUUCCAGUUUCCCAAGAGAUCUCAACAUUUCCCUGAUGUUGAACUCCUGCCGGGUCGUCCUUCACGGUGAUGAGGCCACGGACAGUUUCGCCGCUGAGGUUUGCUCGCAAUAUUUGCCCGCUCCCAGCCGGCCUCCGCCUCUCACUUCCCCAGCGGCUCCUAGACGGACUACGAUGACCAACGAGCUGGGCUCCGCGGCGGAGGUAACCGCCACCCUGGUCAACGCGCUGAAGGGGGAUAAAAUCGGGGGAACCAAGAAGACACUGCUCACCGAUCCAGCCCAUCGCCAGGACAACGUGUCGCAGGCAGCAAGUACUCACGGCGGGCCUACAUCUGAAGCCCAAUCUAUGGCCAGCACUGCAGUAUACCCAUCGCUAAAUGGCAGCGCACCCAGUGCCAUCACAGCAAAGUAUGAAACUGGACACCAGGGCCAGACGAUGGACAAUUUUAUGCCUGUAAUCGUUAUAUGCAUCGCAUUACUUGUCGUGAUGAUCGUUGUAUCCGUCUUCAAAAUCUGGAAGAAAAUGAAUUGGAGGAUGGCCCACGGAUGGCCCAGAGACUACCACGCUCCAGGUCCCCAUCCAGGCAACAGCGACAACUCUCUGGACGAUCUCCAUUACGAACUGUAAAGGAACACAGAGUGAUACUAAGGAAUUCGGAAGUAUUUGGCUUCUAUGAAGCAGUCGGUUUGCAGUUUUUCCCCCAAGCUAUUGAUGGAUGUUGGAAGUUCCAUGAGUUCCCCUGGGAUAAGCUUUUCUUCCUGAAUUCCGUGCAGGCUAC